AUGGCCAGACAGCGACGAGGAGGAAAAAACCGGUUCUACGUGUCUCUCUACGAUCUUCUUCUCAACGCCCCACGGAAGGACGUCCUACUGAUCGGAGGCGACUUCAACGCCAAAAUCGGCCAGCCGGCUGAUGGAGAAGGAAAGAACAUCAGGCGCUUCUCAAUUGGACAAUGGGACUCAAAUGAAGAAAGACUUGCUAACUUCUCCCUGCUGAACAACCUCGUAGUCAGCAGCACGACGUUCCGCAAAAAGAGACAUACGCUCCACACUUGGACUUUAAACGAGCAAAAAACGAGGAACCAGGUUGAUCACAUUGUCAACUCAAGACGAUGGCGCUCCUCCAUAACAAACAUCGACAACAUCCCAAAGCUCAAGUCCGACAGCGACCACAGACCAGUAGUCUCCACCAUACAGCUGAAACUGAAGUCCUACACAAAACAGCUACGCGUCGUCAAGUAUGACAUCGCCAACCUCCGCGAGGACAAAGUCUCCAACGCAUACAAAAUGAAGCUCCAUGAGCUGUUUGACAAGGCGGAAGCUAAGGGGAACGUGGACGCGAUGUGGACGCAAAUGAAGGACAACAUACACUCAGCGGCAGCAAAAAACAUAGGAUCCGCAAAACGCAAGAAAAACCCGUGGAUCAGCACCGAGACCCUCCAGAUGAUCGAAAAGAGAGCCCGUGCCCGCAAAGGCUCUACAAAAGGCUUCCUACGACGAGAAGUCAAGAAAUCUGUCCGAAAGGACAGAAAGGCGUUCUACGACGGAUUGGCUGAACAGAUGACCCACGCGGAUAACACCGGUGAUACAAGAAAGGUGCACUCAAUUGCUAAGCAACUUUCCAGUAAAUCCAGUGGGCUCAGCGACAAUAUCAAAGACUCACAGGGGCAGCUCGUGACGGACGCUAACGAGAGGAUAGAAACCGGGGGAAAUUUCGCUACUCUUGAUUGCAUUCAAAGUUUCGAAGCAGUAGUUAAGAACAGACUCGAACCGGCCUACGAGUCUCAGGCCAGGUUAAACCAAGCCGGCUUCAAGAAGAAAAGAGGUUGCAGGGACCAAAUCUUCGCCAUCAGACAUAUCGUAGAACGGCGAGUGGAAUUCAAAGGCUGCACCAACCUCAUCUUCAGUGAUUUCAAACCCGCCUACGAUAGCGUAGAUUGGAACUGCAAUUGGCGAGUAUGCUCAAACCUUGGCCUCCCUGAGAACCUAUUUGAACUCUUCAGAGCCUUGUAUUCAGAGACUUAUAGCCAAGUCCGCGCUUACAACUCCCUUUCCAAAAGUUUCAAAAAACAUAAAGGAGUCAGACAAGGCUCGAUUCUACCCCCUUUCUUUCCUUUUAAACCUCACUAUAGACUGGAUCUUGAACAAAACGCUGAAAAUGGAAGACUCGGAAUAGCGCUAGACGACACGUCAGUCGCAGAUCUCGAUUUUGCAGACGAUAUCUGCCGCCUUGAGGAUAACCGCCCAGACGCGCAAAGACUGCUAACAACAAUCACCGAGAAGGCAGCACUCAUUGGGCUCCAGAUUAACGUCGGCAAGACAAAGUUUUGUUCACAAGACCCAUUCUAG